AUGUUCAAGGUGAAAAAUUCCGAUCAGCGUAUAAGAAACAUAACUGUUGAACAUCUUUUGCAACAUUCGUCAGGGUGGGAUCAAAAAGUUACAGGAGACCCAGUUCUAAGACCGGAAAUUUUAAAAAAAUUUGUAGAAAAGGAGUUUAAAAUUAAAAAUAAAUAUUUAUCCAGUAAUGUUUAUGGAAAUAAUCAUUUCAUGAUGCACCUAAACAUGAAAAAUAGAUUCAAAAAAGAUUACUCCUCAACCAGUCCGCGUUUGCUAGCUGAAAAGCAAGGUGAUCUGAUGGAAGAUAACGGUUACCCAAUGGUGAGUCCUCUCUUUUCAGAUGAUUAUUCUAUUAUUGACAACAAUUUUAAUAUUGACUCUCCAAUCCGUCCGGAUAAGUUACAAACGGAAAAUAGUUUUAGUGUUUACAAGAAAGAUAAACAUUUCAGCGACAACCAUUCAAGGAGUCACGCAAGAAAUAAAUAUCGAUACAAACUCUCGAAAUCAGAUGUGGUUAGAUACUUUUUAAGUCACCCUCUUCAUUACGAUCCAGGUACAAAGUACUCUUAUUCAAACUUUGGUUAUCUAUUGUUGGGCUUAAUCAUUGAGAAAUUGACGUCUCGAUCGUAUGAGAGCUACAUGAAGGAUAUUUUAUCCAGAAUGGGCGUGCAAAGAAUGAAAAUAGGAAAACAUCAAAAUCAUCACAUCGACGUAUCAGAAGUGGAAUAUUUUGUGUCGGAACCAGGUAAAAAUCGGACGACACUUUUCCGAAAUCCCAUUUCUAUCCAUGGAUCGCUAGACAUGUCUAUAUUGGAUUCAUCUUCUGGAUGGACGUCGUCCGCUUCUGAACUUGUUGCCAUAUUAGAGGCUUUUUACAAUUCGCUGAAUCCCCAUGACAAAGAUCUGUCUAAAAAGUUCAUUUUAUCACGCGAAACAACUCGUAGAAUGAUUGAAAGGCCAUCAUACUUGGGUAAGUCUGGCCAGGUGGCGUCAUCAUCAUCGUCAUGGUACGGACUGGGAAUUGUUGUGGCUAACAAUGAAAAAGUUUUAUGGCACAGUGGGUUUCUCGAAGGGUCGUCAGCAAUGAUGUAUAAAGACGAGAACGAUAUUACAUGGUCAAUCUUAUUGAACUGCAAACUGCAGCCAAAUGAUUUAAAUGAUUUUAUGAAGUACGCCGUAAAAAAGUUGAUCAAUCGUAGCGAGGAUGAUGAUACAAACAACUUUUCUCUCGCCAACUUCAUGGACUCACCGGCUGUUUCGUUUGAUCCAGAGCACAUGGAAAAUGAUUUGGACGAUAUGGAAAUGCAAGAGAACUAUAAAAUUCACGUGGACCAAUCUCUAGAAUCUCUCUUUGACUCAGUCUCACAGGAUCGCAAAAAUUUUGUAAAAACGAUGAUUCCAGAUCAUAAAUUUUAUGAUUUUAUUAAUCUUUUUUCGCAUAAAAUUUAUCGACUAAUAUGGCUUGAUGCGUAUAAUGAUGCCAGCGGUCAAAUGUUUUUCAACACAAUUUGGUCUAAGAACGAAAAUCCACAAAGCAAAUGGAAAGUUUACUUGGAUUUGAUUCCCUCCCGAUACAGGCGACGUUAUAAAGCCCGGAUAGCUCAAGGAUAUCGACUUGCACACGUUGAAAGUUAUGUAAGCAAACGAAAACUGAGGUAUGCUGCACUUUUCGUGAAAGACGACUGGCCAGAUUGGACUUCGUACGAGGGUUUCAGCCCAAGCAAGCACAAAGUUGAAUUUUAUAGACUUUCCGCUAAAGGGUAUCGGCUGGUCGUACAGUCAGUUUCAGAGUACAAGGGCCAGUUAUACGUUGCAGCUCUAUAUGACAAAAUUUACAUUGGAAAUGGAAGGGUUAGGUUAGGGUUAACUCUGAAAGAAUUUAGCAAUGAACUUAAAAUGCAAAUGUCAAAAGGUCAGGUUUUAAGUUAUGUACAAGCUUAUAAAAAUCGUGAACGUUUAAAAUUUAGUGCAAUAUGGUCGCCAAAGACAUCGAAAUUGUGGGCCGAAUGGGACGGAUCCAAGAUUUUGGGAUCCGUGGAUCCGGAUCCGAAUCCGGAUCUCGACGAUGGAUCCGGACGGAUCCGAAUCCGAAUCCGGAUCCAUGUUGUAUGCGUUGAUUUUGGACCCGUAAAACGCCGAAUCCUCAAUUUAGGAUCCGCGGAUCCGAAUCUUUUCCGAAUCCCUGGAUUCGGAUCCGAAUCCGGAUUCGGAACCGUCGCAUUCCUACUCGUAUGCAUAACAGAAUAUUGA